UGUGUAAGAAAUAUCGCGUUAAAUAUUCAACUCGUCAGAUACCUCGUCGACUGGAACUUUCAUAAAAGUGCUCUAGUGCGAGAUUAGAUUAGCCGAUUGAAAUUCGUCGGAACGAGGAAAUUAUGUGGGCUGCUGUAUCAAGAUCGUUGGAGAUACUCGUUGCCUUCUUCGAAUACUACACUACCAGAGCGCAAUUAGAGACGACCGGCAGUCCCGCGAGCAAAUCCCCGGCAGGUGGUAGCGGAGGACCCGCGAGUGGCGGCGGAGCUACUGGAGCGACAGCGGCGCCAGGAAGCGGCGCCAGCAAUGCCGGAAGUGUGGAACCCCGCACACCGACCGCCGGGCCGCAGAACAAGCAGCUGCAGAAUGUCAAAGGAGAACACCCCUCGAAAGCUUUCCUACAGAGCAGGUCUAUCUCCCUGGUCGACAUGUAUAUCGAUAAUUCGGAGCCGAGCGAGAACGUCGGCCAGAUCCACUUCAGCCUCGAGUACGACUUCCAGAACAGCACGCUUAUUCUGCGCAUCAUACAGGGUAAAGAUCUGCCGGCGAAGGACCUGUCAGGCACUUCCGAUCCGUACGUCCGCGUGACGUUGCUUCCGGACAAGAAACACCGACUCGAGACAAAAAUCAAAAGACGUACGUUGAACCCGAGAUGGAACGAGACCUUUUAUUUCGAAGGUUUCCCCAUACAGAAACUGCAGAGCAGGGUAUUACAUCUGCAUGUCUUCGACUACGAUCGAUUCUCGAGGGACGACUCCAUAGGGGAAAUGUUUCUGCCGCUUUGCCAGGUCGAUCUAUCGGAGAAACCGUCGUUUUGGAAGGCUCUUAAACCCCCGGCUAAGGAUAAAUGCGGAGAACUCUUGUGCUCGCUGUGCUAUCAUCCAAGUAAUUCCAUAUUGACGUUGACUCUCUUGAAGGCGAGGAAUCUUAAAGCUAAGGACAUUAACGGAAAAUCAGAUCCGUAUGUCAAGGUGUGGCUGCAAUUUGGUGACAAGAGGAUCGAGAAACGUAAGACUCCGAUCUUCAAAUGCACCUUGAACCCCGUAUUCAACGAGGUAUUCUCCUUCAAUGUACCAUGGGAGAAAAUCAGAGAAUGCUCUUUGGAUGUUAUGGUAAUGGAUUUCGACAACAUUGGACGAAACGAACUGAUCGGCCGGAUUCAGCUCGCAGGUAAAAAUGGAAGUGGCGCGAGCGAAACGAAGCACUGGCAGGAUAUGAUCACAAAGCCGAGGCAGACCAUCGUGCAAUGGCAUCGCUUGAAGCCCGAGUAAGGAGAACGAGGCUUAACUUGAUCGACGAUAAUUGAUAUUCUAGUCGAGCGAGUCCCUUUCCUCGUAAUCCCCAUCGCACUCUUCCUAUGCACGUCAAAAAAAUUAUGUUAACGAGCUUUUCUUUUGCUCGAUAAUCCCUGCAACAGAUAUCUUCUGCCAUCCUCCCUCCUGACAAGUGUACCAUUCGACGAGACUGUACCGGAUGUAUCUUCUACAUCGCGUAGGGCACUUUUAGCGACGCUGGUCGUCGGGAAGCCGUGCCGACGAGAAUCGCGUUUAAUCGCGAUUAAAAACGACGGAAGGCACUUUUUCGCGUUAUCUGCUUGUUAUAUUAAGGGGUCAUCAUCGUGUCGCCUAUUAGCGAGCGAUAACGAUGAAAAAAAUGGUUGUUCUAUCGUUGGUGAAACGAUAUGAACCUUGAAGCGAGACGGAAUGUUUCUAAAACGCAUCGUUCGAUAUCGCCGAGAUAAGCCACGCUUUCUCGAAUUUCUCGCGGAAAUUAUUAGCCGAAUGACGGCGCGCGUAUAUCAAGAAGUAGAACACGAAAUCGGGAAGCUUUUCGUCGGGAAACGCCGUUCUUUCUUUACUUUCAUCAUCUUCUCUUUCCAACCUUUUCCGUAUUCAUCUCUCGUUGCCGCUCCUGGCUACGAUGUUCAUUGACUACGAAAAAUUAUGCUGUGAAUACCCAAUCUCUCAGUUAUGCAUUCGCUAUCCCAGAACGACGAGCUCCAAUCCGGACGAAACGGAACGUUUAAAUAUUUUAGACGUUGUUUAAGCGUCCUCUUUCAGACAGACGUCUCUUUACGGGCUUUUGUAUUAUAUGUUCGCGUCUGCGCGCUCUUGCGGCGAAAUUAUAUCAGAGAGAAUCGUGCGGACUCUAAAAAUUGACAAGGGGCAAGUAAGAGAGUAAAGGGAUACGUCGAUACUUUUACGAAGGGGAAGCGUUAGUUUUGUGACGAUGAAUUAUAUAGUGUUUUUCUAGCACACGUGAUAUCAAUAAUUCUAGCGAUGCGAAGCAUUUCGGUGAGAUUUGUUCGACAGACGGGGAGACUGUGCGUACAAUAUUAAAUUUUAAACCACUGUGAUCAUUCAUUCAAGAUUAAAGGCGAUAAAAUCGUGCAACGAUAUACGUAUUUGCCCUCUUUUACUUGCCCCUCCGACCGUCUAGUUGAAAAACAUUAUUUCGCGCCAAGAAAGCGGAACCUGAAAUAGCAAAGUAUUCAUGAGCUUUUCGGAAAAAAAAAAAAAAAAAAAA